GUUACAUGACGACGACGACGACGACGACGGCGUCGAUACAAAAAAAGAGCGAAGGAAAACAGGAAAAUACCUUUCUUGGCGAGAACAGUGGAAACUUAGACAUAAAACACCAGAUCUGUGUGAACGGAUCGUUUGUGUGUCCGUAUCACCAACCGUCGACCUCAAGUUCGCGUGGCCGAAUCACGUAGGAGCCGCGAGCGAGCACAGAUAUUUGGAGUUUAUUGUUCUUCGCCUCCUUCCUCCAGCUAAGCUAUUUCUGUGGUGCCCUACCUAGCCGAGCCAGCUAACGUUAGCUAACUAGCUGGAUGCCAACAUAGUGUGUGUGAGAGUGAGUGAGUGUGUUUAUGUGUGUGUGUGUGUGGAGGAAAACAGCGCCGUUAAUCCCUCUCGGUUCGCAGCUGGACUAACCUUCUCGUAGCCCGGUGACAGUUUGGAGAGAAUGGCAACGUCGGCUCUGUACGCCUGUACGAAGUGUAACCAGCGGUACCCCUUCGAGGAGCUGUCGCAGGGCCAGCAGCUGUGCAAGGAGUGUCGCAUUGCUCAUCCAAUAGUGAAGUGCACGUACUGCAGAUCUGAGUUUCAGCAGGAGAGUAAAACCAAUACAAUCUGCAAGAAAUGCGCCCAGAACGUUAAACAGUUUGGAACACCCAAACCCUGCCAGUACUGUAACAUCAUUGCAGCGUUUAUUGGGACAAAGUGCCAGCGCUGUACUAACUCAGAGAAGAAGUAUGGACCUCCACAGACCUGUGAGCAGUGCAAACAGCAAUGCGCCUUUGACCGUAAGGAGGAGGGCCGGAGAAAGGUGGACGGGAAACUGCUGUGCUGGCUCUGUACCCUGUCCUACCGCCGAGUCCUGCAGAAGACCAAGGAGCAGAGGAAGGGCUUCGGCUCCUCUAACUCGUCAUCCCUGAACGAGAAAGACCACCACUCCAGACCUCACCAUCAUCACCAACACCACCAACACCACCAACACAGACACAGCAGUUCUCAUCACAAACUGAGUGGGAGCUUGAGUCCUGAGCAGGAGCAGGGACUGUGGAAGCAGAGCCAUAAAUCGUCUUCAAUCCAGAAGGAGACUCCAAAGAAGAAACCAAAACUGGAGAUGAAGCCAUCCAACGGGGACAGUAGUUCCAUCACCCAGUCGAUGGAUUCUGGAGGAACCGACAACUUCAUCCUCAUCAGUCAGCUGAAAGAGGAAGUGAUGUCAUUGAAGAGACUUCUGCAGCAGCGGGAUCAAACUAUUCUCGAGAAGGACCGAAAGCUCACGGAGCUCAAAGCGGACUUUCAGUACCAGGAGUCCAAUAUGAGAGUGAAGAUGAACCAGAUGGAGAAAUCGCACAAAGAGUCUAUGGAGCAACAGCAGUCCAAGAACAGGGAGCUGAUGAAACAAGUGGCUGCCCUCUCGAAAGGAAAAAAGUUUGACCGGACAGGAAGUUCACUGCUGCUGCCCUAACAAUAGGCCAGCCAGCGGGUAACAACACAGAGCGGCUUCAUUGUUUUAACACUGUGAAAGUCUCCCUCCUGUGUUUCCUCAUUGCCAUCAACAUCGAUUAUUUCUUAAUUGGUAAAGCCAGAGACCAUGUUGUACAUGGAAAAAUCAAUUGUUGAAUCAAAGAAAAACCUUUCUCUAAAUGUCGACAUAUUUUAGAUAUUUUAUGGCAACUUUUCCACUGGAUCAUGGGAUGUGACUUUGGGAUGGAGGAUGGAGCCCUCGUUUUUUUUGUUUGUUUGUUUGUUU